AAUAAUUAUUAUAUCAAGUUAAAGCAAGUUGCGAAAAGUGGAAAUUUGCAUAUGCAUAGAGUUUUUCUAAAGUUUGCAUCAAUGGAAUCAUCGAUUGAGAGUUGUGGAGUGAAUGAGCGUGCAAAAAAAAGGGGGGCUUUGGAUCGUCGGACAAAGUGUCCACGCUUUGCGUGGGGAUUCGCUCGCAGCACGGACAUUAAAGCGAACAACAUUGAAACACACCAACAACAACUUUCGCGCGUUCUCUUCUACGAUUUCUCUUCAUUCCUUCACCAACUGUUGACUUUUGCGCUUCGAUUCAAGUUCGAUUUGUGUUAUGCUCUAACAUCAAUCAACGAGCAAUGGGAAAAAACGUCAAGAACACUCGCAUUGAGUAUUCUCUGUAAUGCGAAUGGAAUCGUCGAAAAACUAAUCAUCAAAGUACAUUACAAAGUUCAAAAUUCGAAAUGUAAGUUGUUGCACGGCUCCUCUACGUAAGGAACACACCCACUGCAAUCGCUGAGAUAACGCAUUAGACGUGCCUCCGAUGCGCUGCGAUCGGAAGAGAGGUCUACGGCCCUCCGAGUCAUUCAUUCAUUCAGUAGAUUUCCAAACGGUGAAGACUGCACACACAUGCGACAAUACUCUAAAAGCAGCAAGCAAUAAAUAAAGAACAGAAGCAUCGUGUUCAGUGGGUGUCCACAGUUUUAUCAUGAAAGACAACGAAUUGACCACGAUCAACUUUAACGCGGAAACCUCGCCGCCCCAAAAACCGAAAGAAUCUAAAGCUGGAUUUAAUGCCAAAUUGGCGUUUGCCAUUAUCGCGGCCGCUUUGGGAUCGUCCUUUCAGCACGGCUACAAUACAGGAGUCCUCAACAAUCCACAAACGUUGAUUCAAUCAUGGAUGUCGUCUGUGAUAACGAACAGGACGGAGGGAGAGGUUCCGAGCCAAUCGCAUAUCACGAUGCUUUGGUCCAUUGCGGUUUCAAUCUUUUGCAUCGGCGGUAUGAUUGGAGGUGUAAUGACAGGAUACGUGGCAGAUCGUUACGGUCGAAAGGGCGGUUUACUGAUCAACAAUAUUCUAGUGGUUGUAGCUGUUAUUCUGGAGGGUGCUUCGAAAAGCGCGGGAUCCUUUGAAAUGAUAAUCUUGGGUCGUUUCUUCAUCGGCAUCAAUUCCGGCCUGAACGCCGGUCUUGCGCCCAUGUACCUUGCCGAAAUAUCCCCAGUGAAUCUGCGUGGAGCCGUAGGCACGGUUUACCAACUGGUAAUCACCAUUUCCAUCUUGAUUGCUCAAGUCCUUGGUUUGAAUUCCUUACUGGGAACGGAGGACCUGUGGCCUACGCUUCUUGCCAUCACCGUGCUGCCAUCUAUCUUCCAAAUGUUCACGUUACCUAUCUGCCCGGAAUCGCCUAAAUACCUUUUGGUUGGCCGUGGCAAGGAGAUUGAGGCGCAAAGGGCUUUGACUUGGCUCAGGGGACCUUCGGUUUCGGUUCAGGACGAGAUGGAUGAGAUGCGGGCUGAAUACGAAGCCUCCAAAUUGGUGUCGAAAGUGACGAUUCGCGAAUUGCUGACCAACAAUUCCUUGAGAAUUCCAUUGAUAAUCUCCGUUGUCAUCAUGUUGGCGCAACAGUUCAGCGGCAUCAAUGCCGUAAUGUUCUUCUCCACGCAAAUCUUCAUGGAAGCCGGUUUGACUGCUGAAAACGCUUCUUAUGCAACCAUGGGUAUGGGCUCGAUUAAUGUGUUGAUGACCAUAGUUUCGUUGGUGCUCGUCGAGAAAGCCGGCCGCAAAACCUUGCUGCUGAUUGGCUUCUCCGGAAUGGGAGUGGUCACGCUUCUCCUCACAUUCGCUAUGAGCUUCUCGAAAGAAGCAGUCUGGUUAAGCUAUCUCUGCAUAGUGCUCAUCUUGGCCUUCGUUAUCAUGUUUGCAACCGGUCCAGGUUCGAUCCCGUGGUUCUUGGUAUCCGAACUGUUCAAUCAAUCCGCGCGUCCAGCAGCGACAUCCCUAGCAGUUGCAACCAACUGGGCUGCCAAUUUCCUAGUCGGAUUAGGUUUCUUGCCGCUUCAGGAUGUAAUGCAAUCGUACGUCUUUAUCAUAUUCACGGUCAUCAUCGUUCUAACAGUGGCGUUCAUCUACAAGAAAGUACCCGAAACCAAGAACAAAACCAUGGAGGAGAUUUCGGCCAUGUUCCGGCAGCAGUCCUACCAAUAAAAUGAAUAGGAAACAAAAUACAUAAAGAAAAGACAUAAAACAUCGCUGCCAUUGUAAAUAUUUCGCGAUUCGCAAGGCUUCGCUUCGCGUCUAG